AUGCUCUACCAGCUAAGGAAAGAUGUUCCAACGCACCAGUCAAACCUAAAGAAAUGUCCACCAGCUGGUCGCAAGAUGCUCCACCCGUCAGCCCAAUAUGUUCCUGCUAUCAGUCCCGAGUCCAAAGGCCCAAAGGUGUCAACGGACAAUCCACAGGAAAAAACCAAAGAGUCGACAGGGAACACCCAGACCUAUUCAGAAGGGCAGAGAAGUCUAGAUGGACAUCACUCAGCUCUGGACAAGGGUUCUUGUUCCACCUGGAGCACUGGCCACUUCUCAACCUUUGACAAUUACCUGUACGAUUUCUCGGGGACUUGUAAUUAUGUCUUUGCUACCGUCUGUGAUGAGACCUCUCCGGACUUCAACAUACAGUUCCGUCGUGGUCUGAACAAGACAAUUGAAAGAAUUAUCAUUCAAGCGGGCCCAAAUACUAUUAUUGUUGACAAAAGUGGCAUAACAAUCAAGGAUUAUGGUAAAAUCCAAUUGCCAUAUACUAGAAAUGGAAUUCAGAUUGCACCAUUUGGCCACAAUAUCCGUUUAAUAUUCAAGCAGAAGGAAGCAGAACUUGUUGUUUUCUGGAACAACGAUGACUUUCUCAUGGUUUUAAUUGAACAGAAAUAUAUGGCAAAGACAUGCGGAUUGUGUGGAAAUUUUGAUGGGCAAGAGUUGAAUGAGUUUCUGAGUGACGGUAUUCUUCUGGACCCAUAUAAAUAUGCAAGUUUACAUAAAAUUGAUGAUCCUGCAGAGAUCUGUCCUUUUGAAGGGAUGAUGACUCCUACCAUUCCUCAAAAGAAAGACGCCACACUUUGCUUCCAACUGUUACGCCUCGUGUCACCGUCUUGCAAUAUUUCCAAAAAAGGGUUUGUUAUCCGUUGCCAACUGGAUAUGCAAGCCUGUAGCAAUCCCGGACACACCAAUUGUACUUGUGCUACUCUUUCAGAAUACUCACGGCAGUGUUCCAUGUCUCAUCAAGAGGUGACCAAUUGGAGGACCAAAGAUUUCUGUUCUCUGGGAAGUUGCCCAGGUAAUCAACAGUUUAAAGAAUGUGGUUCUCCAUGUCUCAAGACUUGUUCUAAUCCUGAAUACAGUUGUUCCAGCUACUGUACAUAUGGCUGCUUCUGUCCAGAAGGCACCAUUUUGAAUGACAUUUCACAAAACCAAACAUGCAUUCCUAUUGAAGAGUGUCCAUGCGCAUGGAAGGGGAAGAUAUUUGCUCCUGGUGAUGUCAUUAAAGCAACUUGUAGAACCUGUAAAUGUACAAUGGGCCAAUGGACCUGUACAGAACAACCAUGUCCUGGCACGUGUUCUUUGGAAGGCGGUUCCUUUGUCACCACUUUCGACUCUAAACCAUACAGGUUUCAUGGUGUCUGCACCUAUAUCCUUUUGAAGAGCUCCAUGUUACCGCACAAUGGAACUUUAAUGGCUGUAUAUGAAAAGUCUGGCUUUUCCAAUUCAGAGUCAUCCUUGGCAGCUAUCAUUUAUAUCUCUGAAAAAGAGAAAAUUGUGAUUUCCAAGAAUGAAGUGUUCAGUGAUGAAAAUGAACUUAAGUGGUUACCUUACACAUCAGGGGACAUCACCAUCUUCAGACAAUCAUCAACUCAUAUCCAGAUGCACACUCCUUAUGGGCUGGAGAUACUAAUUCAAACUGAUACAGUAUUUCAAACUUACAUUAAAGUUGGUCGCCAUUUCAGAGGCACAACCCGAGGGUUAUGUGGUAACUACAAUGGAGAAACCACAGAUGAUUUCAUGACCAGUAUGGAUAUUACUGAAGGAACUGCUCCUCUUUUUGUGGAUUCUUGGAGAUCAGGGAACUGUCCACCUGCUAUUGAGCGAGAUACAGAUCCUUGUUCUAUGAGUCAGCUGAACAAAAUAUGCGCAGAGACCUAUUGUUCUGUUUUAAAAAUGAAUACACUAUUUCAGAAAUGUCAUUCUGUGGUGAAUCCUGAUCCAUUUGUCAAGAGAUGUCACUAUCAAGCUUGUAACUAUGAGGAAACCUUUCCAUAUAUUUGUUCUGCUCUGGGUUCUUAUGCCCGUGAAUGUGCUUUAAAAGGAAUAUUUCUUUGGAACUGGCGUGAUACAGUUGACAACUGCACUGUAUCUUGUACGGGAAAUCAGACAUUCAGCUACAAUGCAGAAGCUUGCGACCGGACAUGCCUGUCCCUCUCCAGCAGAGAAACUGAAUGUCAUCCCACUGACGUGCCUAUUGAUGGCUGCAAUUGCCCAAAAGGAACCUACCUGAACCACAAAAAUGAGUGUGUCCAGAAAUCUCAGUGUCCCUGCUACCUGAAAGGCAGAAAGAUCAUUCUAGCAGAUCAAUACACCGUCAUCGAUGGAGCUACAUGCUACUGCAUUAAUGGAAAUCUGACUUGUAUCGGCAAACCAAUGAAUCUCUUAGAAAUCUGCAGCCCCCCCAAAAAGUACAUUUCAUGUUCAGCCUCCUCAGGAAGCAAAUAUGGGGCUGCUUGUGCACCAACAUGUCAAAUGCUGGCCACUGGGACGGAUUGUAUUCCUACCAAAUGUGAAUCCGGAUGUGUUUGCACAACUGGACUGUAUGAAAACCUAGAUGGUACAUGUGUGUCACCUGAGGAGUGUCCUUGUGAAUAUGGUGGCAUUUCAUAUGAAAAAGGAGAAGAAAUUAACACUGAGUGUAAUACAUGUACCUGCACAAGAGGAAAAUGGAAGUGCAUUCAGAAUUCCAUGUGCUCUUCAACAUGUAGUCUCUACGGGGAAGGUCAUAUCACCUCCUUUGAUGGACAGCACUUUGCAUUUGAUGGCAACUGUGAAUACAUAUUAGCUAUGGAUGGCUGUGACAUGGCUAAAUCCCCGCACACUUUUAAAAUAGUGACUGAAAAUGUCGUCUGUGGAAAUACUGGGGUCACGUGUUCCAGAGCAAUCAAGAUCUAUCUUGGGAAUCUGACAAUCAUCAUGGAAGAUAAAACAUUUACUGUUUAUGGUAGCAAUCCUCUGAUACAUUUCUUCAUAGAAGAGAAUACACUUCACUUGAUUAUUCAGAUCGCAAUCCCUGGCAAAUACAACAUGACCUUGAUCUGGAACAGGCACAUGAAUUUAUUCAUCAAGCUUUUCAGAGAAACUAAGAAUCAUCUUUGUGGCUUAUGUGGUAACUACAAUGGCAACGUAAAAGAUGAUUUUGAAACACGGAGUAAAUACCUAGCAUCCAACGAAUUUGUGUUUGUGAAUUCCUGGAAAGAAAAUCCUCUCUGUGGAGAUGUGUCCUUUGUAGCUGAUCCCUGUACCAAGAACCCUUAUCGCAAAGCUUGGGCAGAGAAACAAUGCUCUAUUAUCAAUGGUCCGAUAUUUGCCCCCUGUCACAAUAAGGUGUACCGGAUGUCUUACUAUGAAUCUUGUGUUCGGGACUCAUGUGGAUGUGACAGCGGAGGAGAUUGUGAAUGUAUGUGCGAUACCAUUGCAGUCUACGCAAAAGCUUGCUUAGACGCUGGCGUCUGCAUUGACUGGAGAACCCCUGACUUCUGCCCUGUAUACUGUGACUACUUCAACACCCAUAAGAAGAUUGGCAUGGAUUAUAGUUAUGUCAAUGAAGUAAAUUGCACUUGGCAUUAUCGCCCCUGUAAAUGUCAAAAUAUGUUACCAGUAACAGAAGUCAAUGUUGAAGGCUGUUACAACUGUUCACAUGAAGAGUACUACGAUUCAAAACGGAAAGCCUGCAUACCCUGUGAACAGCCACCUAUCCCCACUCCAACACCUGUAACAGCCACCACGAUUCCACCGCACACCAUAACUACACCGGAAACUACAGCAACUUCAUCUGCUUCUACAGUAUCAAAACCCACUGGCUUCCCAGAAUCUUCAAUAUCAAGCACUUUGAAGAUCACUUCCACUACCACGAUUCCUCACACCAGCACCAUAGUGUCUACACAUUUUACUGGUAUGUCAUUCCCCAAAGCCAUACAACAGUGGCCUCAACUGCACCUUUAAAGAACUAGCACGUAUCUCCAAACAUUCUCUACAUUCCCAAUUGUGUUUGUCAAUUUUAAGUCAAUGCCAAUCUUGCAGGAUCCAAUCUGGGUUGGUUAUCAAAACCAGAAAACCAGUCUUCUGAGCUUCUAGACAUAUUCUAGUGAGAGAGAAGUUCCCUGAGGAUGGUGGGUUCCAGCACUAGUCUGAAAGCUUGGAAGAUUAAACCUCUGGUCCCAGUAACUGAGACAGAUUGGAUCCUGGAACAUUAUCCCAGAACACAUAUAUUUGCUGUGCUGUCUUACUAACUCAUAUGUACAUAUAAUGGUGGGUUAGUGAGUUUAUUAAUAUUCCCCAACAAUUCCCUUCACUAAAAACCCUAAACUGUCCCAAUUAAGUCUAUUCCAAAGCAGAUCAAUGCUAGUCCACAAAGCAAUGGCCAAUGAGUCCAUAAGGCACUUGAAAGUUUCCCAAACAAGAAAAAUCUACUAUCGUAGGCAAUAUUAAAUCCACAAUACAAGAAGGUUCACAAGGCAAGAAAAGUCAAGUUGACAAGCCACAAUACAAAGUCAAGGCACACGGUCAAUGCAAGACAAGGCUGGAAUCACAAGGACCAGGAAACAUACAGCUAAGAAAUGUACACAUUGUUCCCAGCAUCGUCUCCAUCUGUCUGCUGUGCUAAAUCGCCAGCUUCUGGUGCAGUCCAUCAAGCAGGACAUCACUGCCUCCUUGCAAUUAAUCAGGCUGAUCUUUGCUCUUCCUGCCUUUCAUGUUCUUGGAUCAGAUGCAGAAGGCAGUUCUUCCUCCUCAUCACUAACUGGUUGUAGUUAUGUGCUUUCCCCACCUGAAGCCACAGGGCUCUCCUGCUGCAGCUGUACUUCAGCUAAAUCACUCUCAGCCAGCUACUUGGAGCCAUUGGUCAACUCCCCUCCUGAAGUGCUUGGGACUGGUUCAUCCUCCUCUGAACUAACAUCUGGAGAAGCAUCACAUUUGCCUUCAUUCAUUCAUGAAUAUCAAUCUUCUCUAUAUCAAUUUUUGCAACCUUUAUACAUGUGAUUACAAUUAUCUCCCUUCAAACAUACCCGUUUCAAAGACAUACAGAAAAAUCACCCCAACUAUAUGUACUGUAUAUGACCAAAGCAAUUCAUGUGAUCAAUGUUAUAACAAUGAAAUGGUAAGUUUCCCAUUUUAAUGACUUGUUUAUUAAAAAAUAUUAAAACACACAAAAAGGCCCUGUACUUUGAAUUAACAUAAAAAGUUAGGGAAGUAUAACAUAACAUAAUAACAGAGUUGGAAGGGACCUUGGAGGUCUUCUAGUCCAACCCCCUGCCGAAGCAGGAAACCCUACACCAUUUCAGGCAAAUGGCUAUCCAACAUUUUCUUAAAAAUUUCCAAUGUUGUAGCAUUCAAAACUUCUGAUCUUACUGAUCUUACUGCUGUCACAGCAGUCAAAAAGCAAAGAUAAUUUAUUUUUAAAAAGUCUGAGAAUCUUUCCAUUUUUAAUUAAAUACAAUGUUUAAAGAUCAUAACUUAGUGCACUGAUUCUCAACCUUAGCAACUUAAAUGUGUAUGGACAUCAACUCCCAGAAUAUUCCAACGAGCAGGCUUGCUAGAAAAUUCUGGAAGAUCAUGCUUAUUAAAAUUGAAAAAACAUUGCAAG